ACCGUUGGUUGGGGUGAAGAUCAAAAACUUCACCAGGAGGAAAAUGGGCUUUGCAGCCCGUGUGGGACGUCCCUGUGUCGAGCUUGCAGGUUCUUCUAAUGAUCAGAUAGGAUGGGAAGAUAUUGCAACAUAUAAAUACAGCAAAGGGGAAAAGUUUCAUCUGUUGAAUCCCCCCCCUCCAGCUUUUUGUGGUGCUUUGGAAGGUACAAGAAGCCCCACCAAAGGAAGGAAAAAGCAGCAAGGCUACUGUCAGGAUGUCUGGCACAGUUCUUGGAGUUGGGCCAGGAGUAUUUAUCUUAGCAUUACUCUGGGUACUGACCUUGCUGCUCUGCGUGUUGUUAUCCAGAGCUUCUGGACUCGCUAGGUUCUCUGUCAUUCUGGUUUUCUUUGCUGCUGUGAUAAUUACGUUGGCUCUGUUGCUUUUCCCUCGUGCCAGUGAGUUUCCAGCACCGGCUACAGAAAUUAAGAUUGUUGAUACCUUCUUUAUUGGCCGCUUCGUCCUGCUGUCCAUUCUGAGUGUGGUUUUCCUUGGGUGCCUAUUCAUGGUUUUGAUUCACCACCUCCUGCAACCCGUGUACGCCAAACCCAUGAGAACUGCCUCGUAAGAAAACAGGCUGUCGAUCGCUGGUGCUGUUUUGGCUUGUGGAAAAUAUUUUCCUGUGAUGAAAGGGAAGCAAAGUUAAAUUGGUGUAAUCAAAAUGUUUUCUUAGUGAUAUAUAUAUAUUUAAGGUGUAUAUAUAAUUUUGUUCUUAAUAUCGUGUUAUAUGACAUCCUGGGCUUUUUGAGACAGAAGAGAUUACAAUGUCAACUUCAUAAAUACAGUUAAAUGUAUUGUGCAAAUUCUAAGCCUACUUUCCAUGUUUUGAUUUUUCCUCUUUAGUUCACUUCCUUUGCAAAAUAUGAUUAUAGGAAAAUGUGCUUGAAUAGCAGUACAGGUAAGCUGUAUUGAUUCUGGUGCCAUGUCAUCUGGAGUGUUGGCAGCUGCUCUUUAGCGAGGGCAGUUUAUUAAAAAAAUAUAGAAAUUUUCAAACAUUAAAUGCCAAUUUGAUUUGUAACCAG